CUACCUCCUUCGUCUAGACAAACUAUCACAGCAAUCGCCUUCCUUCCAUCAUACAUAAAACAUCUUUCUUUUACCCUCCGCUGCCACAGACAAGACAAGUACCAAUCCUAACCUUUUCUUUAACUUCUAUCUUGCAUUUCUUCCAAAAGGGCGAUAUCCAACCUAUAAAACCUCCCUUGCAUUCCUUCUUCCCCUACAAACAAGAGACAAUGGCGAUCCCCGGAUACUGUCACCAUAGCUUCAAGAUCAUCAAGAGCGAAAACACCCUUCUACUCUGGAAUUGCGGAAUGUGUGCGUCAGGUCCUCACUGGUUUAUCUUUGAGUGCAAGUUUUGUAGACUCAAAACCUGCCGUCCAUGCACCUAUAACGCAUGAAAACGAACAGGGUCCGGGGGGACACACGGCGAGGUUGAGAGUGACGAGGACGAGGGCGAGAAGACGAGAUAGGGGGGGAAGUGAAGCGGGAGAACACGAGGGAUUGGGCGGGAUAAGCUUAUGGGCGGUCUGGGUGUUGCAGGCGGAGAGUUGAGGCAUCAUCAACUGGCAACGAUGGUUGAAGCGGUGGUGGGGAUGUCAGCGGUGGAGCGAAUAUCUACCUUGCUCCCGGCACAAGGACGGUGUACGAGAACAACUACCCUUACAAUUACCUCAUUUAAUACCUCUUACUCAUCAUCUUACACAUGGGACGGCUUUCGGCAAACCGGGUUUCUGCUCUUUUGUAUAAUUAUCUGGGGCGUUCACAUUCUUUUUCUCUUUCUUUCUCUUACCACUCCUUUCUCUUUCCUUUUUCACUUUUAAGGAAGGGGUGAUGGGUUAUUAUUAUAGAUUUGGUUAUGUCUAACGGCGCUGGGAGGAUUAAUCCUACUUUAUCUGUUUGCUCGCACAUUUUGCUUUGUCUGUGGGGGGUAUCUUAUUAGAGGCUUUUUCUUUUCUUUACUUUUUUCUUUUCUUCGUUUUAAAAGAGAGUCCUGGUCACGGCUUAAUGGAGGGGGGGGGGGGUUGGAGGGUGUUGAAUUGGUUUUGAAAAGGAAAAAAAAAAAAAUAUUAUUACUCA